GGGGGCCUACCAAAUUCACUCUGUGAAGACAAGUGAAGAUGGCGGACGUACUGAGUGUUCUUCGUCAGUACAACAUCCAGAAAAAAGAAAUCGUCGCAAAGGGAGAUGAAGUUAUAUUUGGAGAGUUUUCUUGGCCGAAAAAUGUCAAAACUAACUACGUCAUUUGGGGAACGGGGAAGGAGGGCCAGCCCAAGGAAUACUAUACUUUGGAUUCCAUUCUGUUCCUGCUUAACAAUGUGCACCUUCCUCAUCCAUCUUACGUGCGAAGGGCUGCAACAGAAAACAUUCCUGUUGUAACAAGACCUGACCGAAAGGAUUUGCUGUCUUAUCUCAAUGGAGAAAGUUCCACCUCAGCAAGUAUUGACAGAAGUGCACCAAUCGAAAUUGGAUUACAGAGACCGACACAAGUUAAGAGAGCAGCAGAUGAAGUCUCUUCGGAAGCAAAGAAGCCAAGGGUAGAGGAUGAAGAACGGGUGCGUCUGGAUAAGGAGCGUUUAGCCGCCCGCCUCGAGGGACAUAAAGAAGGCAUCGUGCAGACCGAUCAGAUCAGGUCCCUGUCGGACACGAUGUCGGUGGAGAAGAUCGCCGCUAUCAAGGCAAAGAUCAUGGCAAAGAAACGGUCGACGAUCAAGACCGACUUCGAUGACGACAUUGCCCAGCAGAGGAGUUUCGUCGACGCAGAGGUGGAUGUCACCAGGGACAUCGUCAGCAGGGAGAGAGUAUGGAGGACGAGGACCACGAUUCUACAGAGCAGCGGGAAGAACUUUUCCAAGAACAUAUUUGCUAUUCUGCAGUCCGUGAAAGCCAGGGAGGAGGGUAGAGCCCCUGAACAGCGGCCAGCCCCCAACACCACCCAGGUGGACCCAUCAGUAAGGAACAAACCGCCAGUACCAGCUGCUUACAACAGAUAUGACCAGGAACGGUUUAAAGGGAAAGAAGAAACCGAGGGCUUCAAGAUCGACACUAUGGGCACCUACCACGGCAUGACUCUGAAGUCUGUGACGGAAGGAGCUUCUGCCCGCAAGGCUCAGACUCCAGCAAUGCAGCCAGUACCCAGACCAGUGUCUCAAGCCAGACCACCGCCUAACCAAAAGAAGGGGUCUCGAACUCCUAUCAUCAUCAUACCUGCCGCCACGACAUCGCUGGUCACCAUGCUUAACGCCAAGGAUCUUUUGCAAGAUCUAAAGUUCGUGACGUCUGAGGAGAAGAAGAAACAGGGCAUUCAGCGAGACAACGAGGUCCUGCUACAGAGGAGGAAGGAUCAGAUUCAGCCUGGAGGGACAACGAUCAGCGUGACCGUACCCUACAGGGUCAUCGACCAGCCUCUUAAGCUGGCCCCACAGGACUGGGAUCGCGUGGUGGCUGUUUUCGUCCAGGGUCCUGCCUGGCAGUUCAAGGGCUGGCCAUGGCUAUUGGCCGACGGGUCCCCUGUUGACAUUUUCGCUAAGAUUAGAGCCUUCCAUCUGAAAUACGAUGAACAGAAAAUGGACCCGAACGUGCAGAAGUGGGAUGUCACGGUGCUGGAGCUGAGCCACCACAAGAGGCACUUAGACCGGCCCGUGUUCCUGCGGUUCUGGGAGACGCUCGACAGGUAUAUGGUGAAACACAAAUCCCACCUGAGAUUCUGAGCGCGGGCCUUCCUUUGGCAUUCGGCAACCUGAAGAACAAGAAGAGUGUUGUUCUUUUCCAGUUGGGGGGCUGGGGGGGGGGGGGGGAGAGACUGUGUUCCCCACAUGUCUGAAUCCUCUCCAGAGCUCCAUCUACCUAAAAUGAAGCUGCCUUCCACUUAAUUGUCUGCUUCUGGAAUCCCCUUCCCAUUAUCAAGAAUAUAGUCUUUCUAGCAUUCUCGCUGGUAUGUUGUUUGGCCUUGAGGGGUUGGUCUGGGUGAGCCGAAGAAGGUUUUGCUGGGUGGGGGGGGCGCGGGGGGGGACAUGAUUCCAUUUCUUCAUUGUCUUGCACCCUCCCUUUGUCACAUAGUAGACAUACCGAAAAUAUAUUUUUCAUUAGGUUGUAUGUUCAUUCUCAUGACCGAGGAAACACGGUGUUCCUAGGUGUGUGUUUUUUUUUUUGUUCUAUGUGUAAAAUAAAUGGAAUGAAACAUGAAAGAUCAAAUUAUGAUGAUGUAAAUGUGUUGAAUAAAGUAACUCCUGAGGAUAAGGGGUUAGUAUCCCUUUGGUUGUGUGUGUGUGUGUGUGUGUGUGUGUGUGUGUGUGUGUGUGUGUGUGCGUGUGCGUGUGCGUGUGCGUGCGUGUGUGUGUGUGUGUGUGUAUGUGUUUCUUUUCCACCCUUGCUCCAAACUCCAUUUAUCAACUGCUUUUGAUUUCUAUGUUAUAAUUGUAUGUCAGUAGCAGGUGAUGCACAUUGCCGUGCAGCUCCCUUGAUGUCUUCGAAUUAAGACUGAAAGGGAGAAAUCUCGAAAGAUUUUUGAAAGGGUCCGUUGUGAAGAGCUGCUUCCGCAGAUAUGGGAUGUGCGAUGCAGGUGAGAAAAGCCUUCGUCCUCAAGACAGCUUUUUAAGUUCAGGAGCACGAUUAUGUGGCUCCUUAUUUUUGGCAAGUAGGUGUUUAUCUGACUGGCAUUUCCGAACAUUCAAUAAAACGUUUUUUUUUUGUUUUGUUAAUAAAAUGAGGUUGUGGCUCCUUGUUACACCGAAGAGAUUUUUCUUACAAAAAAAAACCCCAAAAAAAAACAAAAAAGCACAACGGUUCCUUAAAUUGUUACUUUGUACUGGCAACAUAUGAGGAUAAUAAACUUCAAUGGCGUAAAAAUAA